AUGGACCAUGAACAGAAUGAAGAUGACACUAUCCUGGAUCUGGAAUCAGAGCCUGAAAGUCCACUAGCACCCCCUGCAGAUCUUCUGGAACAACUGGACGGAUAUGAAUGGACUCUGCGAGAUGGGGGAGGAAAAAACCUGCCACCACCUGCAGACUUACUCAGAAAGCUCAGUGAACAGAGAAACAGGCCCAUAUUUCUAGAACACAGGAUUCCCACAAUGACAGAAGACGUGGCCAGGAAUGCCUUCCUCAGCUUUGUCAAUUCCAAAUGCUGCUAUGGCAAUAAAGCUGCUGGAGAACUGGUCAUUCAGAAUUUGAGACAGAUGACUGUAUACAGAUAUCGACUGGAGACCUAUCAUGAAUCAAGGCUAAGUGAAUGGACUUUUCAACCUUUUACUAAUAAUUUGGUAGAUGGACCACAAAAUGGCGCUUCUCCUCGGCCAUGGGAUAUUAAGGUCCAGGCGCCGCCAAUGUUUCAGGAUGAUACAAAGAAGUUCCGAGUACCUCACUCUUCAUUAGUCAAGGCAUGCCACAAAUGCCAGGGUCGUGGCCGACACAAAUGCAGCGCUUGCCAUGGUGCAGGCAGGAUGAGAUGUGUUACGUGCAGUGGGGCCAGACAGAGGAAAAAGCAGCAGAAGCGGUGCAAGGUGCGUUCAGGUACUGGACGUAAAAGGUGCAGCACCUGUUCUGGGCGGGGCAACAAAACCUGUAUGACAUGCCAGGGAGAGAAAAAGCUCUUACAUUUCAUACAGUUGAUAAUAACCUGGAAGAACAAAGUGUUUGAAUUUGUUUCUGAGCACCAGCUGAACUUUCCAGGAGAGCUGCUCAGUAAAGUCAAUGGAGAGAAUGUAUUUAAAGAUGAAAAUGUUCUGGUGUAUCCCAUCGUUGACUUCCCUAAACCAGAGAUUUCCCUAGCUUCACAGAGAGCCAUCACAGAGCAUAAUGCAGUAUUUGCCACAUCAUCACGCAUUCUACAGCAGCGACAGACUAUUGAGCUGAUCCCCAUCACAGAAGUUCAUUAUCUGUAUGCAGGGAAGACGUACCUGUACUAUGUCUAUGGACUAGAAAACAAGGUGUAUGCACUGGACUACCCAGAGAGGUACUGCUGUGGCUGCACCAUCAUAUGA